AUGAAGGGCUCCGACGCAUUAGGCUACAGCUUGGCUGUGGCCGCGGCCUUUCUGAGCGCCUCGUCAGCCCUCCCGCCGCAGUAUCUUAGGGAGAUGAAAAACCCCAGGCUGGAAGGUCGCCCGGGCUCAGAGUUUGCUCCGGUAAACGGCGACGGCCGCGGUGGGCCGUUGGGCCCUCCGGUGGACGCCAAGUUCAGCACAACAGAGGCUCAGUCGGCAGACUAUCCCACCGACGCGCGGCCGGAUCAGGGACAGUCCGCGCCGUCUGGACCAGUACCAAACGCCCCCGCUGCCACUCCGCCUGCUCCUCCACCUUCCACGCCAGGACAGCCUGCGCCCAAACCUGCACCUGAACAACCGGCACCUAAACCCGCCCCUGAGCAGCCCGCACCCAAGCCUGCACCCGAGCAGCCAGCACCCAAGCCUGCCCCCGAACAACCUGCACCCAAACAGCCGGUACCAAAGCCUCCGGCACCUGCCGAGACCGGCAAGGGUGAUGAUAUGGCAUGCGCCAAGAUCCAGCCCGAAGUGGAAAAGUUCCUCAAGGAGCACCCCAAGGAGCAAGCUCGCAUCCCCGCCAAGAUGGCCUACGACUGCCUGCAGUCGGUCCCCAACAAGGUCGGGCCGGCGCAGGAUAUGAUCCGCAGCCUCAAGGCCUUUGUCGGGUGGCAGAGCACGCUGGCCUUCCUCAAGGCGCCGCCGCGCGACUACAUGCUCCCGCCCACUGACAUCCUAGGUGGGCUGGACGACAUUGCGGACUCGGCGCAAAAGGGCCAGUACAAGAGCGAGUACGAGUUCCAGGCGGCCAUCGUGGAGCACCUUGUCACGGCGCACGAUGGCCACUUUAGCUACAGGCCUGAUGUGUUCAAGGCUUUUACUUUCAGGAACAAGCUCAUCGCAAAGGUUGCUUCCGUUUCCGUCGAUGGCGCUGCUUUGCCAAAGCUGUAUCAUAUGGGUUACAUCAACAACAGCACAGGCACGGCUUCAAAGGGCUUCCCGCCAGCCAUCGUCAAGAUCAACGGCCAACCCGCCGCGACCCUCAUCGAAUCGUUGAACCUCAAGUACUCGUCGUUCCAAGACCCGGACUCGCAGUGGAACUCGCAGCUGCCGUCGUACGCCGCGCCCGACGCCGCACCGGUCCUGGCCGCCUCGCGCGUCUACCAGGGCGAGAAGGUGACGGUGACGUACGAGGACGGCAGCGAAAAGUCCGAGCAGAGCUUCGCGCUGCUGCGCAGGGGCGUCAACUUUACGGGGAUCAAGACGGGCGAGGACUUUUACAACAAGUUUUGCACGCCCGACUCGAUACUCUCGUCGCCCGACAACAUCUCGUUCCAGGUGCAAAAGACAAACACGAGCACCAACGGCACGUCUCCCUCCACCAAGAAGAAGCCCAAGGUCCAGCCCUUCAUCGAGGGCUACCCGUGGCCCGUCAUCAGGGACGACGGCGGCAACAUCACCCACGGCUACUUUCUCAACGGUACCGGGUACGACAAGGUUGCGGUGCUUGCGCUCAACGCCUUUGCCCCAGACAACGAUGUCCAGGGCAGCGAUUACAUCAAGAAUUACCAGGAUGUCAUUGCCGACUUUUUGGUCAAGUGCAAGGAUGAGGGCAAGACCAAGCUUGUUGUUGACGUGACUGGUAACGGAGGAGGGUUCGUCGUUGCGGGCUACGAGCUCUUUGCACAGCUCUUCCCUGAAGUCAAGCCGUUCCAGGCCAACAAUCUGCGUCUCACCGACUCCCUGAUUGACCUCGCCCGAGUCAGCAACAACGUCCUCAACGGCCCCAACGUCACUCAGCGGUUCAAAGGCGGCAACGAGCGCGCCGCCGUCUCGGUGCUGCAGAACUCGGAAGUCACCUUCAACCUGAUGCCCGGGUUCGUGUACACGCCCGAGGGCCACAACAUGACCGAGGAGCAGAUCCUGGCCCCGGUGCAGAUCAAGGGCGACAAGUUCACCGCCUACCAGUCCACACCCUACAACGAGACGUCGGCCGACUUCAACCUGACCGGCACGGGCAGCCGAGCCCCUGCGCCGCCUCCCGUCUUCAAGCCCGACGACGUGGUGAUCCUGACCGACGGCACCUGCGGCAGCACCUGCACCAUCUUCUCGUACCUGGCCAUCAAGCAGGCCAACGUGCGCUCGACCGUCGUCGGCGGCCGUCCGCAGGUCGGCAGGAUGCAGUCCAUCGCCGGCGUCGAGGGCUCGCAGGUCUUCGCCAUGGAGUCGCUGGCCGCGGGCGCACGAGCCGUCAUGACGCUCGCGCCCAAGGAGCGCGCCCGCGAGCUCCGCAACGGCGAGAUGGGCAUCCUGGCGUCGGCCUACGCGCUCACGCGGGCCGCGACGCCCGGCAGCGCAGGCAGCGUCAACGGCAAGAACGCCUUCUCCAUGGACAAUGCGCAGCUGCCCCUGCAGUUCCUGUACCAGCCCGCCAACUGCCGCGUCUUCCACACGCGCGAGACGGUCAUGAGCCCCGCCGAGACCUGGAAGCGCGUCGUCGACGCCACCUGGACGGACCCCGACCGCUUCUGCGUCGAGGACAGCCAGGUCGGCCUCAACGAGACCGACGGCAUCGGCAAGAAGAAGGAGGAUCCGCUCUUCAGGCUCGGAACUGCCGGCGUCGCGAGGUUGGGCGCGCCGAGCCUGGCGGUUCUCGUGAGUGCCGUGGUUGGUGUGCUGUUGGGUCUCGCGGUUGUAUGA